AUGACAUCAAAUUAUACUAGAGAAGAUGAUACAACAGUAAUAUUCGGAACAAACGGUAUUUUUCUUUCUUCUCCUUCACUUCAUCCUCUUACAACGACAUCAACAAAUAAUAAUAAUAAUAAUAAUUUCGAACCAUUAGCCGGCAAUAUGCUUGAUGCUGAAAUUGAUUCGGAUCCUCAAAUGUCCGAUAGUGAACUAUCAUGGCAAUCUGUAACUGAUGUUGAUAGUUUAACUGCUACCAAUCAUUGGCGUGGUUGGAAACAACAGAUAGCAACAUCAUCAUCAAUAGCAACAAGAACUGCACAUAAUUCAUUACCAUCAACUAAUUCAACAUCUUUAUGUUUUUUUCCGUCAAUAACAUCAAAUGAAGAUCGAAUUCCGACUUUAGUUGAUUUAAGUGCAAAAACGAUUGCUCGACAUAUCCCAUUUGAAUUAGUUGAACGAUAUAAUCAACCUGAACAACCAGUACCAGAAAAUUUACAACUAAAAAUUGCUUUUUGGAGUUUUCCAGAUGGUAUAGAAGAUAUUCGUUUAUAUACGUGUGUUGCGAAUGGCAGUACCGAUGAAUUUACUAAAGCUGAAGCAUUACAACAAGCAAAAGCUGUACAAAAUAUGUUACAGAUUGGUUUUCAUUUAAGUUCACAAGUUUAUGAUAUUAAUUCAAUAACAAAUAUAAAUAAAGCAACGAUGCAAUACUAUCAUGUAUCAAUUAUAUUUGAUAGAAAAAAGAUUACUUCGUGCCAUUGUACAUGUAAUAAUCCAAGUUCAUGGUGUUCACAUAUUGUAGCUGUUUGUCUUUGCCGGAUAGCACAACCAGAGAAUUGUUGUCUUCGAGCACCAGUUUCUGAAUCAUUAUCACGACUUAAAAUUGAUCAAUUACGUAAAUUUGCGCAAUAUCUCAUUUGGGAAAUCCCUCAACAAUUCUUACCUAAAGCUCAGAGUUUACUAGAUGAACUACUUAGUGAUACGCCAACUAAUGUAAAUAUGUUGCAAGGAGCACCGGAUCCGACUGCUGGUGGUCUUUCAUCAGACAUAUCUGUCUGGUAUUUAGAUGAAACAAGUUUACAGGAGAAUAUUACUAAAACUCUUCAUCGUUUUUGUCAACCAACUCCACAAGUUGUUGGUGAUGUAACAUAUUUAACGAGUCCACCUAUAUUAGCAACAACAGAAUACUCCAAUCUUUUACGUCCAUUGCGUGGUCGUGAACCUGAAGGUAUGUGGAAUUUGUUACAAAUUGUUCGUGAGAUGCUUGCACGACAUGAUCUUAAUGGUACACAAUUACUUGAUAUUCUUAUUCGUCAAUGUCUUGCACAAGAACAAAUAAUUCAAUGGUGGUUUACAACAAAAGUGUCCAACGUUUAUAAUGAACGUGGUACCAACGGAUUGAAACCUCAUAAUACAUCUCUUGUUCAACAAGCAAGUUCAGCUUUAUGUGAUGAAAUAGUUCAGAUUUCGCGUUUAAUUGCAUUGAACCCACGUUUAAAUAAUGAUGAACGUAAUUCAAUCUAUAUGAAAUUAUGCUCAUGGCAUUUAUCAAUCAUAGAACGUAUAUGUAAACAAAAAACUACAACAACUAAUAUAUCAACAACGACUAAUGGAGUUUAUACAAACUCAUCAAUGAAUUUAACGAAUGAUCGAACCUUAAACCAAAAGCGACGUGAUAUUGAUAUAUUUCCUGGAUUUUUACCAGCUAUUGAAGUAUGCCAAAUCGAUUGGAAUAAUUGUCCUUAUUCUCCAAAUAAAAUGGAAGAAAAUAAUAACAAUAAUAAUACACGCUCAUGGUCGGAAUAUAUCCGUUCCUACGAUGAAUUAUUAUUAGAUGGAUAUUUAAAGUUAAAUUCAAACACACAUUUCAAUGUAAAUACUCAACAACAAAUUAUAUCUCCACCGAUAUCAAAUAGUCAUGUAGAAAGUAAUUCUAUUGUGCAACAAGAUGAUGAGGUUAACAAUAACAAUGAUGAAAAAUGUCAAGAUAUCGACAGUGGAGAAGAAUCAUGUGGAGGAGUUAAUGUUGAUCAACCAUCAUCAUCAAAUAGUAGUGAUGAAUGUCGAAUUUAUUUUGCGGAUCAGAAACCAUUAACGAAACAUCAAAAAAUGAAACCAUCACAAACAACAGCAACCAUUGAGCCAUAUACGUUUAGAAUAUUUAAAAAAAUUAAUGAUCCAUUACAAGUUGCAUUUGUUCGAUGCGAAGCAUUACGUAUACAUGGCUAUCAUGGUGAAGUAUUUAAACUUGCAAAACAAUUAGCUGAUUAUAUGCUUAAUAAUGAUGAGUACUCAUCUUCUUCUCAAGCUCAUUUGGAUGUUCAUAUAUCGGAUUAUGCUCAAUUUCCUAUCGCUCGUUGUGCAUUUCUCUGUACAAUUCUCAAUGAGUCACCUGAAUAUCAGCAACUUGCUUUUCGCAUUGGUUUACUCGGGCUUGAAAUAUGUCGUAUACCAGCCACAACAAAAGCACUUGAAGUACGUUUACUUAAUUGUGAACAAGAGAUUUGCCAAGAAUUAAAAAAAAUAACUCUUGGACAAAAUGAAAUCGACAUAUUACGACAACGUGCUGAACAUUUAUGUGCUCGUCUUUUGAAUAUACGUGACGAUGGAGUUUUGCUACCACUUAGUUUAGCAACAUAUAUAUUUGAAACGUUACGAUCACUUAGUUUAUAUCGUAUCAAUCUUAAUUCGAAUUCGAAUUUAUCAUUAUCACAAAAUUUUUCAAUUGUAUCAUCAAUGGAAAAUAAUCAUCAACUUAACGAUUCUGAUGAAUUACUUGCUUUUGAUACAGCUAUUUGUGCACUUGGAGCUAAAUGUUAUAUUUCCGAAGCACAAAAUCCAAUAUUAUGUGAAGGUAUUCGACGUCAGCGUAGUGAUCUUGCACUGAAUCUAUUAACAUUAUAUAAAGAUGAUCAAGGACGAUUAAUUCAAAUUCUUGAUAAAUUACUUGAUCGUGAUAUACAUGUUUUAUUUAAAAAUUCCAAUGUAAAUCCAUUUAAUGUUGGUUCAAAAAAGCACAAUCAAAGUUUAACAUCAUCUCAGCAAACAAAUAUAAAUUCAUCAUCAACAGCAUCUUUGUCAAAUCGUACACAUAAAAAGUCACUAGCAACAGCGUCAAAUACAACUGGUGAACCAUUAGCAGAGAUUGAUAGCUCUGGUUUGGAUGAAAGUGAAGGUGAGAAUUUUGAUCAAAAAGCAUGGGAAGCAAAAUUUCGUUGUCUGAAUUUAAAAACAAGUUCAAAACGAAUAUCAAAUGGUUUUACAAGUAUUGAUAGCAGUGCACCAGAAACAAAUUCAAGUGACAAUUCACCAACUGUGUCGCGGCGAAAUAUUCGUAUAUCAUCAUCGAAAGCAAAUGCUGACUCUGAAAGUGAUAGUGAACGUGAUACAAUACAAAGAAAUGUUCGUGUUGAAUCUCCAUCACGUAUAGAUUUAAAUAUACCACCAUCGUCCGAAAUUUUUUCUUCUCCGACACUCCCUUUAACAACAUCAAGAAAUACUUCGGCAAUACCUAAAUCUAUUAAUUUACAACAACCGUCACCAAAUUCACAUAAUUCAAAAUCUACGAAAGGUCAUAUAAAUACAUCGAAUGGAAAACAUCGGUCGCCAUGCAUACCUAAUCAGCCAUCAGAGGCAUUAUGUCACUUUAUGUAUGAAUUAGCUAAAACACUUGUACAACGCGCUGGUGGCACAACAUCAACAUCACUAUUUGUUGGUCCAACACAUAAUUAUCCUCCGCCACAUAGAAAUUUACAUUUAUGUGCAAUCACAAUAGCACUCUAUGCACUAGGUGUUAAUAAUCAUGUACAAACCAAUUGGAUGAUUCGUACAUAUUCAAGUCUUGUAUCAUGGAUAACAUCAACAGCUAUCGACAUUGGUUUACAAGCGAUAUUAAUAUUAAUUGAAUGUUGGGAAGGACAAUUAACACCACCUGAAUGUGCUGCUAUAGCUGAUCGUGCAUCACGUUCACGUGAUAACGCUGUUGUACGUACUGCUGCUGAAUUAGCCUUAUCGACAUUGAAAUAUGCUCAUGCACUAAAUGCAGCUGAAAUACGUCAAGCAUUAGCGCAAUGUAAAGAACAAAAUAUUGAUAUGCUGGAACGAGCAUUGACAACAAUUGAAAAUGCAACACGUGAUGGAAAUUUAGUAUUUAUUGAUAUUUUAUUUGAAGUUGCUAAACGUUGGUAUGAAAUGUAUUAUGAACGAACAGGUGAUUUAUUAAAUAGUGAUGAUGAUGCCACUGUUGUUGAUAUGCGACAGCAAUUUGAUAAUAAUUCAAUGGUAACACCAACGAAUCCAAUGGAUUUACAGUGGGCACAUACAAAUGGAACAAAUUUAUCAUCAUCAUCAUCAACAACAUCAAUGCCAUCACAAAUGAUGUAUACGUCUAAUAAUCAAAAUACAAACUUUUCAACACCAUUUCAACCGCAUCCAUCACCACACUUUAAUACGCAUGCUUACAUGAUUCAAGCUCAACAUGGACCACAAGCACAGGCACCUCAACCAACAAUGCAUCAUCAUCAAUUAGGAACUUUCCAUCAGCAAGUAGCAUAUCAACAAAUCAUUCCAAUACAAUAUUCUUGUCCACAACAGCAGCAGCAGCAGCAGCAACAACAGCAACAGCAACAACAACAGCAACAACAACAACAACAACAACAACAACAUUUUGCUUUUCACACGGGCCCAACAAAUAAUUUUCAUCCUCAUUCACAUCUUCAACGUCAUCCACCACCUCCACAACAAAUGCCUAAUGCCAUACUUGUCAGCCCAGGAAAUUUUCCCACAGCCUAUACAAUUCAUCAUGUACCAUCAACAGGAAAUUCUCAGAUGUAUCCUCCAAAUCAAAAUCAACAACAAUCAUUUUAUCCUAUUAGACAAAUGCCAUUAGUUGUUUCAGCACCUGCAGAACCUAAUAUUUCACCAUCAACAACAGCCACUCCAGCAACACAACAGACGAAUAUUCCAAGUCCUAGUACAACUCCAUCAGCUGACCAACAACAACAACAACAACAAACAGAUCCGAAUCAUCGUCAAUAUUUACUGAAUGCAUUUCGUGUUGGUAUGUUAGCAAUGAAUACACUUGCAUUAGAACGUGCGCGUCAAAAUCAUGCACAUAUGGAACGUCGUAGUGAACAAAAUCAUCCGACACCACGCUAUGGUGAAGACGUCAAAUGGCUUCUUAAAAUUGCACUUAAAUUAGGCAAUGCUGAAUUACAGGAAUUUGUUACCACAGCAACGGCUGUUAUUGUUAAUCCGUAUUUACUACAUAGUCUUGCAUUUAAUAUUUAUAAUGUUUCACAAAAUAAUCCUAAUGGUUCAUCAUCAAAUCAAAUGCUUCGUUUACCAUUUGUUCAAUCAUUGAUGCAAAAAUGUUUACAUGCAUAUACACGUUGUGUACAUAAUAAAAUGGCACAUAUGACAACAAAUAAUGAUAUUGAAGAAUUAACAUCGCUGAUGAAACAUGCACGUUCAGCAUUUUUAUUUAUGGGUAAUACAAGUGAUUAUCAAGGUCUAAUGAAUUUUGUUAAAACAUCAAAAAAAUGCAAGAAAGAUGUUUAUCCAAGACUUUGGCAAGCGAUUCAAAAUUAA